AAAGAUUAGUACACGGUGCCUAGUAGCGUCUUCUCUUCUGCGUACGCCGCAUGCGCAGUCACCGCAAGCAACUGGUGCAGGUGGGUCUGCGGUCGGGAAAAAAGAAACUCCUUACAGCAACAGUGCGGCUACUAGUCCAUGCAAGUGAUCGCUUUCAACCUCUCGUUGGAUUGCUGACUUCGGCCACAGAUACAACAAGAUGUAUAUGUUCACCUGCGCUGUAUUUGCGAGCAGCAACUUAUUUCGUAGCACACGCGACCAUCGUUUUAGAAACGCAAAUUGUUCCACAAAGACUAGUAGUACGCAGAAUAUUCCACUUCAGAUUAGUGUCGAUCUAGUGCAGUCCAGCCAGUCUCGCAACAAUGGUUGACGAACCUUCAGCCAGUAACUCAUCUUCGCCCGUCAUGGUGGCCGCGCAGCACCGUCUAAGCAGCAGAGCUGUCCGCGGUUCGUUAAGCGGCAUCCGCCUCGAGCCGCUGAAGACGAACUGUCUCGACGACGACGUCAGCAGGAACCGCAUCGUGUACCUGGGAGACCACCUCGCAAGGUUUCCGUGUUAUGUGAAUGUGACUAAAGAGGGAGAAACGUUUCCGUAUUACGUGAAUGUGACUCAAGAGGGCGCCAUCAGGAGCUUUCACUACGCCACGGAGCUGAGUCUGGAGGACAGAGACGGCGACGCGGUUGAAGAGUUAAGGCAGCAGAGAGAGGAGAUUCUCGGAUCGAGAAACGGCACCCCUCGUCCCCACGUCGACGCUACUGCUGCCGCUUCAAGCCAGGACCAAUGUAGGACGCGGUACAAGGAAGGUCAUGGCUCGAUGCCGGCACGGUUGGACUCGGAUGCGUCCUUCGUUGUCGAUGACGAAGGUUCCGCGAGUAGCUGGAUAGAGGGGCCAGCCUUCUCGUGACGGAGACGGGAAAAAUCGCCUGUGAGCUGCGAGGGGCUGGUCCUACCCUGCCGUUUCUGUAAAGGAAGAAUCACGAUUUGAAGGAUAUGUCUGAAAUCUUCAGGCUUAGAUGGGGGUUGGGAGGGGUGCAAGAGACGAGGGAAAGUUGGAUGGCUUCUUGAGCCCUCUACUGAACUGGACUUCGCUUCGACAAGUCUUUACUAACAUGUUUGAAAUGAAAGACCGUGCUCUAACAUGGACUCAAUAGUAAGGUCACGAACCUCGUCCGUCGAAAUAUCGACGCAACCUACUAGUCUCUGACGAUAGGCCGUGGAUAGUAAGUUAGGACGCGUUACGGCGCUACCAGAGGGCUUUGUGAAUUUGGUCUCUU